UAAGAACAAUUGUAUGAUUUGGUUUGGUUUUUAAUUUUUUGUGUUUAAUGAAAUAAAAAGAAAAAUUCGUUUUACCAAAUAAAAUGGAUGAAAUAGAAGACUUUUUUAAUAUAUCAAAAGAUUUCAAACGUGUUAGUGCUCCUGUCCCAAAACCGAUUGUCGAAGAGGCACCAUCAACAAGUGCUAACGUCAAGCGAGAGCAUGGAAUAUCCGAAAGUGCAAGUAAAUACAGGAAGUUAGAAAAAUCAGAUUUUGGUGAUGGUUCUUACGCCAAAAGAGCAGUUCUUCCAGAGGAUUUGGGUAUUCUUAGUGAGGAAGAUGACGUAGUUGAUUAUCCAAAAAAUGUAAUUAACGAUAGAGUCUACAGUCGAUAUCAAUUUAAUUUGGAACGUGACAAAUCUUUGCCCAUACAUGAUGUUAAAGAUGAAAUCAUAAAUAGUAUUCGCAAGAAUCCAGUCAUAAUUUUGGAAGGUGAUACUGGAUGUGGAAAAACAACACAGGUUCCCCAAUAUAUCCUUGAUGAUGCAUAUCGGCGUAGUGAAUAUUGCAAAAUUGUUUGCACACAACCACGACGAAUUGCUGCCAUUUCGAUAUGUCGUCGUGUCUCUGCAGAGCGAAAUUGGAAUGAAGGUACAGUCGUCGGUUAUCAGGUUGGUCUACAUGCCAAUUCAAGUGAAGAUACGAGAUUACUUUACUGCACUACUGGUGUCCUUUUGCAACAACUGAUCAAGAACAAAACGUUGGAGCCUUAUACACACAUUAUAUUGGACGAAGUUCACGAACGCGAUCAGGACAUGGAUUUUCUACUUAUAAUUGUGCGUCGUCUUUUAGUCACUAAUUCCAAGCACGUUAAAAUAAUUUUAAUGUCUGCUACAAUUGACACCAAAAUGUUUUCUAACUAUUUUAAAGUACGGAGAAAUCCAGCACCGGUAAUAGGAACAGACACUCGUCGACUUUUUCAAGUUAAAGAAUUUUAUCUUUGUGAUUUAGGUCGAAUUAAUAAUCUUAAUGCCCAAGUGAGCCAUAAUGAUCCAGGAAUAUCAGUCGAAAUGUACAAUUUAGCUUUAAAAUUAAUAAUAGUAAUUAAUAAUAUUGAAAAACAAGAUGCUGCAUUCAGUACAGAUCCAGAUCACGACGAAAAUAACAAAACGUCUAUAUUAAUUUUUUUACCGGGCAUAAAUGAAAUUGAACAGAUGUGUAAAAAAUUAGAACAAUUAAAAGAUACCGAUAACAAUCAAGUACGAUUGUGUCCAAUUCGUUUACACUCUAUCAUUUCGCCAGAUGAACAAGUUAAAGUAUUUAAUCGUCCACCUCCAGGUUAUAGAAAAGUUAUUCUUGCUACCAAUAUAGCUGAGAGUUCUAUUACAGUUCCAGAUGUUAAAUAUGUAAUUGAUUUUUGUUUGACCAAAUUAUUAGUGACAGAUACUUCCACUAACUUUACAAAAUUGGAAAUACAAUGGGCUUCCCGAGCCAACUGCAAACAACGAGCUGGUCGUGCUGGACGUGUAAUGAAUGGACGUGUUUAUCGUUUAAUACCACGUUCAUUUUAUGAAGACUUUCUGGAAAACUUUAGUAAACCCGAAAUGUUGCGUUGUCCUUUAGAAAAUGUUGUUCUUAAAUCCAAAUUGCUUGAUAUGGGUUCGCCUCCAUAUGUGCUUGCUCUGGCAUUGAGUCCGCCAAAUACGCGUGAUAUACACAAUACGGUUAUAACAUUAAAGGAAGUUGGUGCUUUAUACAAGUACGCGAAUGAUCAGUACACAAUCGAUGAUGGCGAUAUAACAUUUAUGGGACGUAUAAUGGCUUUUUUGCCAUUGGAUGUGCGGCUAACACGUUUAAUAAUAAUAGGAUACGCUUUCAGUGCAUUGGAAGAAUCAAUUAUUAUAGCUGCUGGCUUGAGUGUACGUUCAAUAUUUAAUUUUCAAAACUAUAAACAUUGCGGAGAAAUAAAUGCUUACAUAAAAAAGCUGUCAUGGGCCGAUGGUUCUGGUUCAGAUUUAAUUGCUAUCCUUAAAGCAUACAGAGCGUGGACUUCAUUAAAGCAAGAUGAGAAUUUUGAUGAAAGUGAGAAUGAGUGGGCUAAUCGAAAUUUCAUUAACAUUCGUUCCAUCCGAGAAAUGCAUUUAUUGGUGAAAGAAAUCAAAGGGCGUUUAAAAGGGGUUGGUAUAAAAGAUAGCAAUCAAUCUCAGUUUUCCCAGUGGGAGGAAUGGGAAAAGGCAACUAUUUUAAAAGUUAUCAUUGCUGGUGCCUUCUAUCCAAACUACUUCAUUUAUAACAAACUGAAUGACAUGGAUAAAGAGCGAACUAAGUAUCACAUUUUGUGUGGCCAUGAUCCCUGCAGGACAGUAUAUUUUAGCAAUUUUGAUACACGACACAUUGGUCAAUUAUAUACACGUUCCAUCAAAGAACUAUUUAAAAAUGUGCAAAUUAAUCCGAAAAAUAUUGACAUAAGUUUCCAAUCGAAUUCGGAAAGAGUUUUAGUUAUUUUCAAAAAUGAUCCUGAGGACGAUGGAAACGAAAAUCAAAGAAUCACUAACAAUAAGACUCAAGAUAGUGUCCGUGUCAAAAUGCCUGGUGCUGUGUGUACAGAGGUGUACAAAGCUUUAAGGAUGCGCCAUUUAAAUAUGCCAACGGUUUUUGAUGUAAUGGAAUCACGUUCUGGUGUAAAAUUUGCCGAGGAACAUGGUCUUGGAGCAAUGUGCGACGGAGCAUGGAAACCAACUAAACGUUUGUUAAAGAAUGCAGAACUGGUUGUUCUCCCAUCCGUUUUUCAGAAAAACAUUAGCGGCUAUAUAACACACAUUGAAAAUUGUAGUAAAUUUUAUUUUCAACCUCUCUCGGAAAUGGAGCGUAUGCAAGAAAUAGAAGAAAUGCUUAAUAAUCCAGAAGACAUAAGGAAUUGUAAGUUUCCUCAUAAUGCCACUUUGGCCACAGGAAUGAUACUUUCAGCACCGUUCGAAAAUAAAUACCAUAGAGCUAGAGUUAUCAAGACCAUUAAUCAGAUGAGACAGCAUAAACAAAUCAAGGUUUUCUUCAUCGAUUAUGGUAAUGUGGCAACAGUUGAUUUUCAUCUAUUACGUUACUUCUCGGAUAAAACUAAAUCGUUGGCUGACAUACCACCCCGAUUGUUUGUAUGCCGUCUAGUGAUGAUAGAACCAUCUGCAGUACGUUCGCCCAAUGAACAGUGGACGGAUGAAGCUAUGGAACUUGUGCAAGAAUAUGCAGAUUCCGGUAUUAUUGAAAUAGAAGUCUACUCUGUUGUGGAUGGCGUUUCCAAUGUAAUAAUAAAGAAGGAUUAUGGCACCCUUAAUGAAAUCUUAGUUGAGAAAGGCCUAGCACGCACAUCUGAUGAAAGUUUCAUGUCGAAGAGUGACCAUGAUUUUCGAAUUCGCAAACAGUCGGUUGCUAAUCGAUUUUUAGAUGAAGAUAGUGCACGACAAAAUGAAGAAUACUUAUUAUCGAUUAGGCCAGAAAUCGAUAUGGAUAUAGAACCUCCACCCAAACAUUUAUGCAACAAAACAUUAAAAUUACGUGGACCCUACAGUCCUAUCGAAAUCAAUUUAUUUUCGGCCAUACGCGCUGGCACCUGGAAAACAGUUUCACUCGAAAGAGAAUCAGUUAAUUUUAUUCAAGUGGAUAGUAACCCCAAAGACAUGUAUGAACGCUUAGUUGUGGCAGCCGAUAUUACCGAAUCAUCCAAUGGUGACAUUCUUGUUGCUCGAGCCACAACACUUAUGCCUAACAUACAUGGAUUUGGAGCUUUGAUGACCUUACUUUUCUGUCCUACAAUGCAGAUAAAAUGUAACAAAACACAAACCAAAUAUGUAGCAAUAUUGGCUGGAUUGGGAUUUGACGAACAAACCCACAACUCUCUAUUCAGUGAUCAUGACAUUGUGCUCAAUUUAGAUGUUGAUAUAUUGCCAGACGAUUUGGAAUUGAUAAAUCAAAUCCGUUAUUCGAUGGAUACAUUAUUAUAUACAAAACCUGAGCAGGAACGUCCACAUUUGAAGUCAAGUGAAAUAAAUGAUCUAACUACAAAAAUAAAGCAACUUGUUUUAAGACUUUUAAGCAAAAAUCGUAAAUAUAUCGAGGUUCAUGUUGGGCCAAAUGACAACAAGUGGGAAUAUUUGGAUGCAAAUGAUGUAAUUGAACCGAAAAAUAUUUAUGAAAAACGUUCAUUAUUUCCGCCACUUACAUCCAAGCGUUUGUUUGAAGAAAAAUACGACCGUAUUCAUGAUCUUAAUAUGCACUGCCAUGAAUUACAUCGAAAGAGACAAUAUGAUGGUUCCAUACCCGCAACUACAUGUCGUUUAUGUCAUCAGCCAAUUGAAAAUAUUGUUCAAUUAAGGAUCCAUCUACUUUCACAGCUACAUCGCGAUAGAGAACACCAAAUACGCUUUCAACCUCAGCCGAUUUAAAUUACAAAAUUAAAUAUUUUACAGAUUAAAGCUUAUAUUUUUUUUC